AUGUCCCUCCUACCUCCCGAAAUCCACACCGCGCUUUCUCAGCUGCUCCGCGCCUUGAGCACACCUGACAAUGCCGUCAGAUCCCAGGCGGAAGACCAGCUUAACAAUGACUGGGUUCAGAACCGACCAGACGUCCUAUUGAUGGGAUUGGCUGAACAGCUUGGUGGUGCAGAGGACACAAUAGCGCGUGCUUUCUCCGCUGUGCUUUUCCGAAGAAUUGCAACAAAAACCCGAAAGGAUCCCGUCUCAGGUGACAGCAAGGAGAUUUUCUCGAGCCUUCCCAACGAGCAGCGAAUCGCCAUUCGUGAGAAGUUGGUGAUCUGCCUAACCAGUGAGACCGUCACCGAUGUACGCAAGAAGAUUGGAGACACACUGGCUGAGGUUGCUCGGCAAUACACCGAUAAUGACGAACAGUGGCCUGAACUCCUCGGUGUUCUCUUCCAGGCAAGCCAGAGCCCUGACUCCGGCCUGCGAGAAACCGCAUACCGUGUGUUCACGACCACCCCCGGUAUCAUUGAGAAGCAGCACGAAGACGCUGUGGUGGAGGUUUUUACCAAGGGUUUCAAGGACGAUAAUAUUUCCGUGCGGAUUUCUGCUAUGGAAGCCUUCGCUUCGUUGUUCCGGUCGAUCUCCAAAAAGUCCCAGCCCAAAUUCUUCGGCCUCAUGCCAGACCUUCUCAACAUCCUUCCUCCUCUCAAGGAGGCCUCUGAGAGCGAGGAGCUGUCCUCGGCACUGCUCGCCCUGAUCGAAUUAGCUGAAAUCAGCCCGAAAAUGUUCAAAGUUAUGUUCAACAACUUGGUUAAGUUCAGCAUUAGUGUCAUUGGCGACAAGGAGCUCAGUGACCAGGUGCGCCAGAACGCACUCGAAUUGAUGGCUACCUUUGCCGAUUACGCCCCAAAUAUGUGCAAGAAAGAGCCGGAGUUCGCACAGGAAAUGGUCACACAAUGUCUGAGUCUGAUGACUGAUGUCGGUGCGGAUGACGACGAUGCGGAGGAAUGGAACGCCUCUGAAGAUCUUGAGCCUGAAGAGAACGACCUUAACCACAUCGCUGGUGAACAGUGUAUGGAUCGUCUCGCCAACAAACUGGGUGGACAGGCCAUCCUUCAACCCGCGUUCUCUUGGAUUCCUCGCAUGAUGUCAUCUACCAACUGGCGCGACCGCCACGCUGCUUUGAUGGCCAUCUCCGCCAUCUCUGAGGGUUGUCGCGACCUGAUGGUCGGUGAGCUUGACCAGGUUCUAGCACUUGUUGUUCCUGCCCUCCAAGACGCCCACCCCCGAGUUCGCUACGCAGGCUGCAAUGCUCUUGGCCAAAUGAGUACCGACUUUGCCGGUACCAUGCAGGAGAAGUACCACGAGAUUGUCCUCACUAACAUCAUUCCCGUUCUCGCCUCUACCGAGCCGCGUGUGCAGUCCCACGCUGCCGCCGCUCUCGUCAACUUCUGCGAGGAGGCGGAGCGCAGCACCUUGGAGCCAUACCUUGGAAACCUUCUCAGCCAUCUCCUAGAUCUCUUGCGCAGCCCUAAGCGUUAUUUGCAGGAGCAGGCGUUGUCCACCAUUGCCACCAUUGCUGAUUCCGCCGAGGCUGCUUUCGAUCAGUAUUAUACUACUUUGAUGCCUCUUUUGCUCAAUGUCCUCAAGGAGGAACAGGGUAAGGAGUACCGCCUUCUACGUGCCAAGGCCAUGGAGUGUGCUACUCUGAUCGCACUGGCCGUUGGCAAGGAGAAGAUGGGUCAAGAUGCCCUGAACCUUGUGCAGAUUCUCGGCCACAUUCAACAAAACAUCGUCGACGCCGACGACCCACAGUCACAGUACCUCCUUCACUGCUGGGGUCGCAUGUGCCGCGUUCUGGGCCAAGACUUCGUGCCUUAUCUCCCCGGUGUUAUGCCGCCUCUUCUGACUGUUGCUGCCGCCAAGGCCGAUAUUCAGCUGCUGGAUGACGAGGAACAGAUCGAACAGGUUGAGCAGGAUGAUGGCUGGGAGCUGGUUCCGCUUAAAGGCAAGAUUAUCGGUAUCAAGACCAGUGCUCUUGAAGACAAGAACACCGCUAUCGAAUUGAUCACGAUUUACGCCCAAAUUCUCGAGGAGAACUUCGAGCCUUACGUCCUGGAAACCAUGGAGAAGAUCGCGGUCCCUGGUCUUGCCUUUUUCUUCCACGACCCCGUUCGAGUGUCAGCUGCCAAGCUGAUCCCCCAGCUGCUGAACUCCUACAAGAAGGCACACGGUGGCCAGUCGCCUGGUUUCGCUGAAAUGUGGAACAAGGUUGCAGAGAAGAUCAUCGAGGUUCUGAGCGCUGAGCCGACAGUUGACACGCUGGCUGAGAUGUACCAGUGCUUCUACGAGUCAGUAGAGGUGUCGACCCUUGAGGACUACCAGAUGCGCGUGAAGCAACGUUUGGAGGAGCAGGCCGAGCUCGAAGAUGGUGACGAGGAGAACCUGGACUUUGAGUACGCCGUGGAGGACGAUCAAAACCUAUUGAGCGAUAUGAACAAGGCAUUCCACACCAUCUUUAAGAACCAGGGCAACUCAUUCCUGCCAACCUGGCAGCAAUUGAUUCCAUUCUACGACGCUUUUAUCACAAGCCAAGACCCGACACAACGGCAGUGGGCUCUUUGCAUCAUGGAUGAUGUGCUUGAAUUCUGUGGCGAAGAGUCGUGGGCAUUCAAGGACCAUAUCAUGCAGCCUUUGGCUUCCGGUCUGCGAGAUGAGAAUGCCGCCAAUCGUCAGGCAGCGGCGUACGGAGUGGGUGUGGCCGCGCAGAAGGGUGGUGCCGCCUGGAGCGACUUUGUGGCAGCCAGCCUCCCCAGCUUGUUCCAGGUUACACAGCAUGCGCAAUCCCGCACAGAAGAGAAUGUGUUCGCGACCGAGAAUGCAUCUGCCAGUAUUGCCAAGGUCCUGCACUACAACCCCUCCAAGGUUCAGGCUCCCCAGGAUGUCGUGGCCAACUGGAUUGAGACUUUGCCCAUUACCUACGACGAGGAGGCUGCUCCCUAUGCCUAUUCCUUUAUUGCACAGUUGAUUGACCAGCAAAACCCGGCUGUCUUUGCCAAGGCUGACCGUGUCUUCGGUUUCAUCGUGCAGGCACUCGAGGCGGCUACCCUGCAGGGCCAGACCGCUGCCCGGGUGGCCACAUCCGCCAAGCAGCUGGUGGCAGUGACCGGCGCAAAUGCAGACCAGAUUCUGGCUUCUGUGGACCCGGCCAGCCAGGAAAGAGUGCGCAAGUUCUUCCAAUAA